AUGCUUGGGUUCCAACUGGCCCGCAAUCCCGGCGGGCUGUUCGACGGCAGCGCUCGGUCGCAAGAGCAGCGCGCAAGCAGCGCGGAAGGACAUUCCGAGCUUGGAGCUACGAGCGGAGUUCCAGAGUCGGCUGUACCGACGGCCACAAGCGAGGCUCCUACAGUGUACUUGGAAUCUCCGGCAGGAACACAACGAGACGACGCGCUGAUCGACGCAGAAGCAGGUCCAUCAUCAAGCACGGCUCUGCAAGCUUCUCCCGCAUCGCACCCUUCGUUCCCAGCCGUAGCACCGCUAUGCCGACGAUAUCCAUCUCAAGCAUCGGCGCUCUUCCAGACUUAUCUCGAUCUCAAGAACGGUGCUGCUGCUUGGGACGUCGUUGAACCUCUCGCCCUCUCGACUGCGGACGACUAUGCCGAGGAUAAACGCGAUACUACGAAGGAUCUCAGCACUCUCAGCGAUACAGAGGCUGAAGCGUUGAUACGAGAGCGAACGCAGUCGCUCAAAACGGGUACGACGAAGCUUGGGCGUGUCGAGGAGAGCGACGAAGGCCAAGACCUGUUGAGCGUCGGUCUGGCCGCAAUCAAAGGCCGUCGAAAGGAUGCCGUAAGUCAUCAAUGGAAGUCUCCAGCUCGCUCUGCAUCAUCCGUGCUCGUCACUGACACCCACUUUGCUCAACUCUCAUCCACGUCGAAUGGCGAGCAGAAGUCGUACGAAAUCGUCAUCCCACUCACAAUCUCACAACACCUCCGACCUGCGCAACUCAAGGCCAUCUUUACCCUCAUCAACGCGCACGCAGCAUCGUGUCCGCCAGGCGAAGACGUCGACACCUCGCACGUUUUGCUCGCCAUCAUCGCUCAAGAUUCGACCCUCGUGUACUAUCUCAUCUCGCAGGGCAUGGUCAAGCCUAUCAAUUGA